AUGCCACUUCUUCCUAUCCAUCGCGCCAGCACGGCCGUGAGGAUGAAGGCCGCAGCCCCGAGGAUGAAGCUCAGCGUAAAACUCUCGGCCCAAAACAUCACCACUUUGAACAAAAGCAGGUUCAACACCAUCCCCGACAUCAAGACCCGAAGGGACCGCCUUUCCCAACAGCAAGACGGCCUUCUUCCGCGUCUUCACCAUCUCGAUACCUCAUCCCUAUCAACCACCCGCCUCCAUCCCGCGUUCUUAUUCCUCUCGGCAAUGUCCGCUAUCGACCCUGUCGCUUCCACCAGUGCUAUCACAUCUUCCUCCGCUCUCGACAAACACCAGCUCCUACAGCUGUCUUCUAUUCCGGGCACCGACGACAUUUGGAGCAAGGGCAUGAAGACGAGCAAAGCCAUGCCCCCUUUUACCGUUGUGAUGCUUCGGUAUCAGGCACUUUCAGCCCGGAGCAGGAAGGUUCGCACUGAGGGCAAGCUUCCGGAGCUGGUGAAGGACGAUAGUGAUAGCGCGAACGACAACGGCAACGGCACCGGCAAAGGAGACGGUAACGAGGAGGACGCGAAGGAAAACAUGGAGGAGGACAAUAAGGAAAAGGAGGAUUAA